GUGAAAAACUCAAGUAGAAAUUGUGUGAAACGCUUUUAAAUAGUUGCAAAAGUUGAAUUAUACUUUAUAUAGUAUGCAAAUUUGAAUAUUGUGCGUGCGUGUUGUGUGUGAACAUCGAAUUCGACUAUGGAAACGGUUGUCGCCUUCAAUAAUGAGCUCUCCGGGCUCUACGACAGCCGGCCGCCGAUAUCCAAGGCGAAAAUGGCCGCCAUCACUAAGUCGGCAAUGCGUGCAAUUAAAUUUUACAAACAUGUCGUGCAGAGUGUCGAAAAGUUUAUACUUAAAUGCAAGUCAGAGUACAAAGUGCCGGGCUUGUAUGUCAUCGAUUCAAUAGUGCGCCAGUCGCGGCACCAAUACGGAACGGAGAAAGAUGUGUUUGCACCCCGCUUCCAGCGCAAUCUACCGGAAACCUUUGCCAAUCUGUUUCGUUGUGCACCCGAGGAUAAAAGUCGCAUUAUACGUGUGCUUAAUCUGUGGCAGAAAAACAAUGUCUUCAAAUCAGAAGUCAUACAGCCCAUAUUCGACUUGGCAGAUCCCAAUCAUCCUAUUUACCAUCAAAUGAUGGCAGCCAACAAUGCUGGUGCAGGUCCCAGCGGAAGCGGUGGCGGUCAUAACAUGUCUGACAUUUCUGGUGGCAACGCAGCUAAUGGUCUGAAUGCCUCUGGUUUAAGUAACUUGGAUCUAAGCGCAGCAGAAGAUAAGAUGGGUGGUGCUAUGCCAGAUCUAUCGGUGAGACAGCCCGUAGCUUUAGCAUUGUGCGCCCACUCACAGCUUAGCCAUGAAAAAUGCUCCAGCUCCAGUCGGCGGCACAUGGAGCAACAUUAUAUGAAACGUUCGCAUCAACAUAAUAUUAGCAUGUCUAUGUCAGCUUCCAGUUCAAAGAGAGAGAGUCGUUUUGAGAACAGCAACAGCAGCAAAUCUCAUCACCAUAAGUACAGCAAGAGUACACAUGAUCUAGACUAUGACAUGCGUGACUUUAUAGACGAAGACGACGGAGAUAUGGGAGAUGAUCAUCACUUUAUGGGCGAUGAUAGUCCACCAGGCUCAACAAAUUUGUUAGACAACAACAACUUGAAGCAGCUGCUAAAUGAUCCCAAUGUGCUGCGUCAACUGCAAACAUUGCAAAAUUUUCAAAAGUUCAAGCAGGAGGAAAACCAAAAACUACGCUAUCAGGAUGACGCACUGCAGCAACACUUGCAAAAUGUGCUCAAGGGUACAGCAGGAAUGCCGCCGGGCAUGGUCAUGAAUAUGCACAAUGAUGGGACGGACAUGAACAAGGAUGUGGAGUUUAUAUCGGAGCAGCAGCCAAUUGAGGUUAUCAAUCUGGAUGGCAAUGAUUCGCGUAGUCCUACACCCGAUCGUGAUCGCUACAAGCGCAGCCGACGCAGCAGCCGAAGUAGGUCCCCUCGCAAUCGUGGCGGAGGUGGUGGUGGCGCCAAUGAUCGUGACCGUGGACGGCGACGCAACUCUCGCUCACGAAGCCGCUCUCCACGUUCCAGUCGUAGACGUGGCUCACGUGACCGAGAUCGUAUGGAGCGCAGCAAUCGAGAUAAGGAACGUGAUCGUGAGCAUGAGCGCGAACGCCGCAAAAAGGGAUUACCUGAAAUUAAGAAGGAACAAUUGAGUGUGUGCAGCACGACGCUGUGGGUGGGUCAUCUCUCUAAGCUGGUAUGCCAAGAAGAGUUGUCAGAUACUUUUGGUGAAUAUGGCGAUAUCGUGAGCAUCGAUCAGAUUGUGCCCAGGGGCUGCGCCUUUAUUGUCAUGAAUCGGCGCCAGGAUGCGCACAAGGCUAUGCAAUCGCUAAAGAAUCACAAGCUGCAGGGCCGCGCCAUUACCAUCUCUUGGGCCGCUGGCAAGGGUGUCAAGAGCAAGGAGUGGAAGGACUUCUGGGAUCUGGAACUUGGCGUUACGUAUGUGCCUUGGAAUAAGCUUAGUGUAGAUACGGAUCUGGAUAGCCUAGAGGAAGGCGGCAUGUUUGAUGAGGACACCAUGCCCUCUUGGAUGAAGCAGAAAAUCAAUCAGGGCAAAAAUGUGAAGGACAACAAGGCACACACCACCGAUAUGAGUACGGCACCGCCUGUAGCACCACCCAGCUUGCUGUUUGGCAUUGACACCACACAACCGCCGCCAGUGGCUCCCCAAGCGCACGGAGCACCGCCUGCUGCUCUUAUACGCGGACAGUUCCCAAUGGGUCCUCCACCCCCACUAAUGGGUCAAUAUCCGGGUCAGUUUCCAAAUCAUCCCAUGGGCGGCGUAGGCAUGCCGCCCAAUAUGGUGCCGGGCAUGCCACCGCCAAUGAUGAUGCCAACCAAUAUGAUGCCAGGUUUUCCUGGCAUGGCUGCGCCGCCACCACAUCCCAUGGGACUUCCGCCCGGUGCACAGUUUCCGCCUCCAGGCUCAGUGCCGCCUCCAAUGUCGGCUGCGGGCCCAGCUGCGAGCAAUGUAAGCGACGAUCAAAUGGACAUAGAAAUGGAGCUAGAGGAUGCAGCGCCAGCGGUACCUGCGCCACAGCAGCAGCCGCCCAACUUCAAUCAGCCGCCACCCAUAUUUGGAGCUGGACCAGCAAAUAAUGUGGAUGCAGCAGUGGCAGUAACGGGCAAUGAACUGCACUUCCAGCGUGAACGCCCUAGAGGUCCAAGUGGAGCUGGCUCGCGAUGGAGUAGUCGCGAUGACGUCGCUGAAGCAGCAGAGCGCUGGCGCAAUGAGAAUGGCGGGGGUGGAGGACCGCCAGCUAUUGGUGGUGGCUUUAAUGAGGCACGCGCGCGUCUUAAUCUUAACACCAUGGAUCAAGGGAAUAUGCCACCACGGCCCGAUUUCAUGGGUGGCAUAGAUUUUGAUAAUCGUGGACCGCGGGGCAUGGGCCCAGGACCACGCAAUCAUAAUGGCAGCGGGGCAGGUGGAGGUGACUUCUUCCAACCGAAUAUGAAUCAAAAUCGCUUCAACCAACCUACGAGCUUGAUGCAAAUGCGCAUACCGCCACCCGUGGCGUUUAAUCAACGCAUGGGCGGACCAAGUGGCGCAGGCAAUGGUGUGUCUCCCAUGUUUAUGCGUAAUCAAGGUGGCGGAAACGGCGGUAGACAGCAGGGACCUGGUUUCUUCAACACACGCAAUCCGUUUAAUGAUGGUCAACGGAAUCGAAGCGGCGGGCGUGGCUUGGGACGUAGCGGUCGCUGGAGCGAUGAUGAGGAUGAUAAUGGCAAGAACAUCAACAAUAAUAAUAACAAUAACAACAAUUUUAAACGUGGCCCUACCAAUCGCAAUGCGCGGGGUGGUCGUGGUGGACAGCGCAGCGAAGAGCGUGAACGCGUUGGUAACAAUAGACGUGGCUCCAGAGAUGAGAGCAGUCGCAACUCUAUAAGCUCUACAGAUGAAAACGCCGCAGCCAAGCCAGCUGAAGCAAUAAAAGAGGCGCCCGUUGCUGCCAAGAGUGAACAGGUUGCGGAAGUUUCGACCAACGCAAAAUCAUCACCGAUAGCAACUGAAGAGGAUUGGGAUCGCGAGCUGCAAGAGUACGAUGCGAGAAUGGAGGCGCAACGAGCUGCUGAAUUAGCUGCUGCUGAAGCUAAAACAGUACCCGAGGCUAAGGCUGUAGCUGUAGCUGAAGUUGAAGCUGAGCGGGAGACGGAUACGGACAUAUUUGCCAAGCCAGCUGUGCAAGAUACGGCUGCGACGUUCAAACCAAAGGCUGCUUCCCCUGUGUGCACUCCGCUAUAUGAUGAACUGCCACCACCUUCGGCACCCAAGCAAGCACAGCCUGAAGAGCGAUCACAGUCGCCGUCACCACCGCCUCCAAAAAGCAGAAGCCCAAUGCCAACAAUAGAAGAGCCAGCAAUAGCGUCACCAUCACCUGAAGCUGCACCUAUGGACAACUCUGCACAUGCAGAGGCACAAAAAAUCGACGCUGAUGAUGAACAGCAUGAGAGCGCGGAUGCGUCGCAGACAUAGAAGAUUGAUUGACGACAAUGACAUUGACUACGAAGGUGACCAUAACAAGCCGUACAAGCAGAAAAACUAUCGAUAAUUUAUAAUUUCCUUAUUCAUAAUAUGUUACGUAUCUGCAUUGAACACAUACUUUGCAAGGAUUUACGAUUUUACAAUUAUUUUCGCCCGCAACACAUUUCUGCUGUUACAGUUCA